UCAUCAGCAGCGAAAAAUUAACCACAAGAAAGCGCAGGACGUCAAUAGUUACGGAAGUGAAAUUUCGCAAUCAGCCUCUAAUUUUAUCCAGUAGAUAAACUUGAAACCAUCCCGCACCAGAAUCGGCCGUCGGUUCGUUGAAAAAUCCAAUUCACUGCACUGCUUCCUCAGGGGGAAAAAAAAACUAGAGUUCACAAAAUGUUCCAGUUCAACGGAUUUAACAUGAUGUUCCCGGACCUUUCCCGUCCGUUCAACACCACCUACAAGUGCUAUUCGGUUUCAAUGCUGCCAGGAAACGAGCGCCAGGAUGUCGAGAAUGGAGGAAAAAUCAUUAUGCCACCGUCAGCUUUGGAUCAGCUAACCAGACUGAACGUGGAGUAUCCGAUGCUGUUCAAAUUGACCAACAACAAAAUCAACCGUAGCACACAUGCCGGAGUGCUGGAGUUUGUGGCAGAUGAAGGGAAGAUUUACAUUCCCUAUUGGAUGAUGCACAAUCUUCUGCUGGAGGAAGGUGAUAUAGUGCAAAUCGAGAGUGUGUCUCUCCCGGUGGCCAAAUACUCCAAAUUCCAACCGCAGAGUGUUGAAUUCCUGGACAUCACCAACCCAAAGGCAGUGUUGGAGAACUGUCUGCGAAAUUUCGCUUGUCUCACAACCGGUGACCUCAUUGCAAUCAAAUACAACAACUACACGUACGAACUGUCCGUGUUGGAGACGAAACCGGGCCCAGCGGUCACCAUCAUCGAGUGUGAUAUGAACGUGGAGUUUGCUCCACCGGUGGGUUACACCGAGCCGACGAAGAAGGCCAAAGAGGAAGAACCGAUGACGGUGGAUCCGUCCGAGCUGAUGCCCGAACCGGCCGGGUUCGUGGCAUUCAAGGGAACCGGAUCGCGACUUGAUGGGAAGAAGAAAAAGGAAGGUUCAGUGUCGGAAUCGGCCCCGGCUCAGAGGGCGGACUACGUCCGUGGCAUUCCGGACUAUGACCAUCCGUUCGGGCUGCUACGAUUCGACCGGACCGUCCGGAAAGUCGAGGCGCUCGAGAGCAAGAACGAAGAAGACCCGUUCGAGGCGUUCAAGGGCGAAGGGUUCAGUCUAAAGAAGAGUCGGAAAUGAGUUCCGCUUGAAGAGGUGGGGUGAUCAGGGGGGUGUUUUCUAAUUUUUGCUGUAAUCUACUACCUACUACUGAUAUGCGAACACGGAAUAAAAUCGUAAAUUUAGAGUGUGAUAACCGGAAGGAGGUAGCGUUACAG